CGGGGAUGACGAUGUUCUCGGGGAGUAUCUAUGCCAUGGUCCUGGCGGGGCCGGAGAGGGUUAAGGAGCACGGGUGGGGGAAGGUCCUGGGACCGGUUACACCGCUGGGCGGGGUAUGUCUUAUUGUUGGAUGGGUGGCGCUGGCGCGGAGGGGGAGGGUUGUGUUGUAAGUGAAAGGGAGGGUGGAUGUUACUGGCGGAAACAAAGAAGUUUUGAAGUUUGAUCGUGGGGUCGUGGAGGUGGUUCAUUGUUCGUCGUGAUUGGAACAAACAAUUGAGGCAAAGGAUAUGGCCGGGGGAUGGUGGGGGGGGAGGGGGUACUUUAUGUCUCGCCGCUGGCCGAUGUGCUGCGAAUCCCAUACCAUCCACAUACCCCACAUACCACCAUGACGAGCGAGAGCUUCCACACCUGGCCGCCUUUGAGCGACUGCUUCGCGCCCAGCGCGCCACUGAGCGACGAGGACCUCGCGGCGUCGCUGCUCGCCGCGGAAGUAGACUACAAGAGCAAGGACAAGAAGCCGAAGAAGCCGGACGGGCACCCGCGCGACAACCUCUGGAUCUGGGCGCGGUACGAGGACGACAAGGACGCAGACACGGAGCGGUUCAAGGGGUGGUCGCAAUCGGGCACCGCCUGGCUAAAGGAGUACUACUACAGCUUCUCGAGCCACGCUCCGACGGUGCUCCCCUCGGCGGCCGUCAGCGGCGAGGCGAGUAUCCCGCGGCGCAUCAAGCGGCUGCGCGAUCGAGGGACUAUAUACCCGCACUUUGAGGUCCCGCGCACGAUCUACUCGGACAUUGAGGCGGUGAAUCCGUUCGUCAUCUUGACGGGCAUCGAGGGGAAGGCGUAUCCCGAGCAGUUCAAGGGCGCGCGCGAGCAGGACAAGGGGAUCGAAUUACCGCCGGGGAAGAUCAACUACGGCUGCAUCGGCUGGAGCUUCGCGCAGAAGCGACGGUUUGUGCGCAGUGUCGCCCUCAUGCGUAUCACCCUGCUGUGUCUGAGGAGUAAGUAUAUACGUGGUGGUGGCGAUGAGGAUCCGAGGGUCGCGAUGCCGUAUAUGCACCGGCGCCAGACGAAGGGGUACUUCCAGGAGGCGGGGAAGCUCUCGGGCCCGUGGGCAACGACCAAGGACGCAAUCUGGGACCUGUUGGAGCGGUUCUGCAUCUCGCAGUCGACGCUGUGGCCCGCCGACGUGGACAACUUCCAGGAACGAUGCCGCAUCCAGCAGGACUGCGCGAACGCGUGGGCGCGCCCCGAGCACAACGAGAUGGAUCCCGACUACCCCUACGUCCUCGACCACGGCGACCUCUACUACGGCUACAACAUCAUGUCGUGCCAAACCCGGCCCACGGGGAUCCUCGACUUCGAGCGCGCCACCUACACACCCUACUCCGCGGCGAUCCACGACCUGACGAACACCUACCCAGUGUACCGCCUCGGCGACUCCACGCAAGUGCGCUACCUGGACUACAGCGAGUGGUCCGCCGCGCCGCUCGCGCGCAAGCCCUUCCUCUUCCCCACGGACUCCAUACAAGCCUGGGCGGACCACCAAAUGGACACUGAGCAGCAAACCGCCAGCUUCGACGAGUACCACGCAGCGCACCCGUCGGCCGACCUCUACCCACCCUCUGGCUCCCGCGUGUGGAACCUACAGGAGCCGGGCACCACCGCCGACGACCUCGCGCGCUGGGGGAAGAUCACCUGGGAAGACUUCGCGUCCGGCGACUUCCUGGACUCCACCUUCUCCUGCGCCUGCGACGACGUUGCAUGCGACAUGGCGCGCGAGCACCCAUUGCGGCGGUGCGCACGGGUCGCCGAGUUUCCGCGCGUGCGCGACCACCAGGCGAAAGCGGUGCUGCCCCAUGCCUUCGACGACGGGUAUAUACUCCCGCCGCUGGAUGAUGAUGAAGCUGCGAGGCUCGAGGAGGAGCUGUGUAACGCUGCCAGGGUUAAUGUCUGCAAGUUUUGGUUUUAUCCGCCCGUGCUGAACCUCGUCGAUAUGUUUGUGAGGGAGUACUUCAAUGAUGAUCCCCUGUAUAGGAUAGAUUCGAGAGUCGAGACCAGGAGCAGCCUCCAGUGA